GGUUCUUUAUUUUUGAGAUGUAUCACGGCUAAAAUAUUUAACUGGGGCGACUUUGGAUUUCAUCUCUAUAAAAGAAUUUGAAAAGUCGCCCCCAUGGUCCGUGCGCGCCACAGAGAGGUCACUCACUUGCUUAAGGCGACUGUUCGAUGCUUGUUGGUUUUCCAAAUCUGCUUUGAUUUCACCAUAAUUUAGCGGAAUUGAUUAGCAUCCCCUGAAUAGCUGCCAUCCAAGGGACUAACUUCGAAUGGACAGGAUUUACUGUGUUGUUCAAAACAAUAAAACUUGACUGAAAGUCUGCUAAUCCUCAAACUAUGAGGCAAAUAAUGCCUCUGAACGCUUCAAUAGGAUUAUGGCGAGCUUUUGGGGUGCAGAAAAGACAAGAUUGUAUCUUUUGAGCAAUGAAGGAUAUAGGAUUUGUUCCUUGGAGGCAAACUUUUUUGAAACCACGCUUGUUGCUAGUAAAAACACAAAUGGUUCCCGUUUUCCGCAUACUUUCAGCGCUUCCACAAUCCAAGGGCUGUGAUGUAGCCAUUAAAUGUUACAUGUUUGUCGAAGUAUUGACACAUCCCUUGCAAAAGUUCAGAUGUAUGCUAAGAAUAUUGUUUAAGGGACGUAGAGUAGUCAAUAGCAUGUGGCAGUAUUCAGGUGUUUAUACAGUAUCAGAUGGAGUCCGAACAGUCGCCAAUAGAACAUUGACCUAUGGAACUGUCUUCACAAGAACUGUCUCUAAAGAUCUAUCUCAUUUGCUCAAAGCCAAAAGAGGAGAGGAAAAUGCAACAACGCGUCUCCUUUCCUUUGUCUCUGUUCCUGCCCAGAAUCUUGAAGGGCACCUUGAGGGGUAUCUUGGGGAGAGGAGGGCCUUGAGGAGCGGUUUUGGGCGCAAUUUUUGGCCUCGUGAGUUAUGGUUACGGUAG